CUGGCACAUACUCAUUUCGCGGUUUCAUUAUUGCUCCCCUGAGCGCUCUUGGCGAAUUCACCCAAUACAAACUUCACCAGCCUUCCAAGCCUUUUAAGCAUUCCGUGCUAGUGAAGGUUCAAACGACACCUCCCUCCCAGAGCAAUAGCGACAAAUAACGCCAUCCGCAACAACGAGCCUGAGCAACAUCUCCCCAACAGCGACUUCCUCAUUUUUACCAAAGCGCCAAACGUCUUUUCCAUGCAACAAACCCAUCGACGCUAAAAACAGAUAUCGAUUUCUCCCGUCAAAAUGCCCCGAACUAUGUUUGUCAACCCCUUCAAGUCGCAUGAUGUAUCGGAGUUUCCAGGCGUCCUUGUACCGCUUGAUCAAGCCACCCGUCGCGGGUCCGUCUCCUCGCAGCGACGCAUCUCCCUUGCAACAUCAGACCAACGCGAGAGUGAGAAAACUACAAGAGAGGACAAAUCUGGCGAGGUACCCAGAAGACCUGAUAGUGAAGCUUCAAGUGGUGUGAUUAACCAUGGAAUGACUAUUGAGUCAUUGAAAGCAGAAAUCGUGGCGGACGUCGCAGCAUCAGACACUGAUACCCCUUAUGACCGGAAGUCAAAAGUCAUCAACAGGGCUCUACAAGAUAUGGGAAUGGGCAGAUAUCAAUGGGAACUAUUCGCUCUCUGCGGUAUGGGCUGGAUGGCAGAUAAUGUGUGGUUGCAGGGCGUCGCGCUUACGCUACCUCAAAUCGCAGUUGAAUUUGGUGUCAGCCAGACAGAAGUUCGAUAUACGACACUAGCGCUCUUUCUUGGUCUAUGUAUUGGUGCCUCCUUUUGGGGUACCGCAUCAGAUGUUGUUGGACGUCGACUUGCGUUCAACUUUACCCUGUUCCUGGCUGGUGUCUUCGGUCUUGCCUCAGGUGGAGGCCCCAACUGGAUUGGCACAUGCGCCCUUUAUGCCUGCAUUGGUCUCGGUGUUGGUGGAAAUCUUCCUGUUGACGGAGCUCUUUUCCUGGAGUUCUUGCCACAAACUUCCGGAAACCUACUCACUUUACUCUCGGUAUUUUGGCCCGUUGGAAACUUGAUCGCCUCCCUCCUCGCGUGGGCCUUUAUUCCUAACUUCUCGUGCCCGUCCAGUACUCCGGUAGGCCAGUGUCAGAAAGCUGAUAACAUGGGAUGGCGCUACCUCAUUCUCACCAUGGGAGCUCUCACGUUUGCGAUGUUCGUCUGCCGGUUUUUCUUCUUCCACCUUUACGAAUCUCCGAAGUUCCUACUCUCCCGCGGCCGUCAGGCAGAAGCAGUUGCAACUGUGUAUGGUAUUGCGCAUUACAACAAGACUCACACUUGGCUUACCGAGGACAUUCUCAACCAAAUUGGAGGCGACCAAGAAGCCACCGGCGAAGAUGCGAAGCUGAGCACGGUCGAGAUUGUAAAGCGCUCCCUAAGCAGGUUUUCCCUCAAGCGCUUCGCUGCCUUAUUUCAGGAUAAGCAGAUUGGCCUCACCACUGCUCUCCUUUGGUUCCAGUGGAUGACGAUUGGCAUGGCGUACCCGCUUUUCAAUGCCUUCUUACCGCAGUAUCUGGCCAACUCGGGUGGCGGCGUAGUGAACGACACAAGCACCGUAUACCGCAACUACGCCAUUACCGCCAUCGUCGGUGUUCCAGGAUCUCUCCUUGCCUGCUAUACUGUUGACUUGAAAUACAUCGGUCGCAAGGGCACGAUGGCGAUUGCAACUGCCAUCACUGGCGUCUUCGUCUUCCUCUUCACCAUCUCAUCCGAUUCCGAUUUCCAGCUGGCAUUUACAUGUCUCGAGGCUUUCUUCCAAAAUAUUAUGUAUGGAACUCUGUACGCGUACACGCCGGAGGUGUUCCCCGCGCCUAUUCGUGGUACUGGCACGGGAAUGUCUAGCUUUCUCAACCGGGUCGCUGGUCUCUGUGCCCCUAUCGUUGCUAUCCAGGCUGGGGGCUCCAAUCCAAAGGCUCCGAUCUAUGCCUCCGGAGGUUUGUUUAUUGCUGCUUUCUUCAGCAUGCUCGUGCUCCCAAUAGAGACGCGGGGCAAGCAGACUUUAUAGAUGGCGUAAGGACGAAAGAUUUGUAGUCGCCGGGCUGUAUCACAACGAGAUUGUUGUAGCCGCGACGGUUCUCGAGGCCCUAGUCCCGGGCCGUACGUUACGUUAAAAGGCGAUUAAUCGCUGUAACAGGCUUAGUGUCUCGAAAUGCCUACUUAUGAAUUGGCACGUAUAAUACAGAAUGGAAUACUGCAA